AUGUUCAAGUGCUCCGCUCCCUAUGAAGCCAGCAAGAACACUGAAGAAGGGCCGGUAAUAAAGCGACUUCGCCAACUGGAGACACUACUUUUGGAGACGAAGGCGCAGAUCACCGAACUGAAAAAUCUGCAAUCUCAAGCUGGACUGACCGACCAAUCUGUGGCUAGAUUACCGGCCAUUAAUGUCACCGACGAGGCCGCUGCUAGUAACCUGGAAACGCAACUUCGCAGCCAGACGAAUGGACUCGAUAUUCCUUCGGUCAAGGAUUGGGCACACUUAUGGUUACUGUGGUGGCUCCCCCAUGAAAAAGUGCAUUUGUUCAAGCCUCUUUCGGAGUGGCCGCAAUCGGAUCGAGCUCGUGCAGGAAUCACCCGAAGCUGGUACAGUGUGGCCAAAUUGCUAGGAGAAGACCUCGCCAUGUUCGCUAAUAUGAUGGGGGAGUCAGACAAGUGCCGCUGGCACAAAACGGUUCUACCUCUUUUCAGCAGUUACUACGUCAAGUAUUACGGAGGUGCCGGGAGUGCUGAUAGAGACACAACGUUCACCAUUUCGAUGCUGGCUUCUUUCAUCAGAAAAGAUCGCAAAGGCCGCCGAAACAGCGCUUGCCCAGCAAAGCCAUUGCCUGACUACUCUUCGUAUCUAUAG